CUGACAAUGUCUCGGCUACGAUGCCCCCCAUUUUUGUGAUCAUUGAUGCUCACAGACCAUCUACUCGCCCCCACUCCCUCCACGCAUACGCGCAUCGCAGAUUGUCAUGAAGGACCGUGAGACUGGUCGCUCUCGCGGCUUCGGCUUCGUCACUUACGGCACCCAGCAGGAGGCCGACGCCGCCAUUGCCGCUCUCAACGAGACUGAGCUUGACGGCCGUCGCAUCCGUGUCAACAUGGCCAACUCUCGCCCCCCUGCCGGCAUGGGCGGCAUGAAUGUCGGCGGCUACGGUGGUGGCCAAGGCGGCUACGGUGCUCAGGGCGGCUUCGGUGGAGGCUACGGUGCUCAGGGUGGCUACGGCGGUCAGCCUCAGUUCGGCGCCGGCGGUUACGGUGGCCAGCCUCAGUUUGGCGGCCAGCAGGGCGGCUACGGUGCCCCUUACGGCGGUCAGCAGGGCUACGGCGCUCAACAGCCCGGUGGCUACGGUCAGGGCUACGGACAGCAGAGCUUCGGUGGCCAGCAGCCCGGCUUCGGCGGUGCUCAGCAGGGUUACGGAGGUGUUGCCCCCCAGGGCGGUUACGGAGGGUGAGUACCGUGCAGAGAUUCAGGUGGCUCGGUUCGUGACAGCGUGUGUGCAAGGGAGGAGGGCGAUGCGUGGCUCGCUGGGUCGAUCUUGGCAAUGCAGACGGCGAGUCAGCCAGCAGCCUGCCGUUCAUCCCCAGCGGCUGCAUCAUACGUGGAGGGAGGGGAUGGUUCACAUUCACACUUCUUCAGAGUCGACUCUGGUGGUGUCUGAGACGUGUUCCGUGCUGCACCCCUGUUCGCUGUCUCCCGCAUCGGCUCGUCUCGUUCUCGGCUUGUCUUGGCCUCCGUCGCUUCCUCCACCGCUUCGCAGCAUGGAGAGGGACUCGCCCGACAGCUACAACUACUGGGAUUGAAGGUCACCAGCGCGGCGGACAGGCAGUCCGCCAACACCCUCGCAUUCAGCAAUACCCAGUCAAGUCCGACUCAGGUCGCCGCCCCAGUGCAACGCAAGCCCAUCAUUUCGGUAGCUGGCUACCGACGACGUUUCCGCCUCGUCCUCCACGCAUCGACCCGCGUUCUCGAGCCUGCCCUUCUUUCCAUUUCUUCACCUCACUUCACUCCUCUCUCUCCC